AUGACCCGCAGACUCACCAUCAGCGGCAGCCGGUCGGAAAUGGGCUUGCUUGAGGAGUCGGCUUCCGAACCAGCGACGCCUCCCCCAAGUUGGACUCCCGCCAAACAAGACUUUUGGAAAAAGCCUUCGAAAUGGCAGAUCUGCAUGCCUCGUUUACGCCUGCUCGCCAAAGUGUUUGCCUCGUUCCUCUGUUUCGUCCUUCUCGUCAAGAUCAUGGCCCAGAAACCACCUCCUCCAGCCAAGACGCCUCCUCCUGCACGCCCGAAACCGCCAUCCGAGGAUGAGUUGAUGGAUAAGGCAAAGAAGGAAGAUUGGAUUUGGAAAGAUUUCACAACGCACGAUGGAUUGACACGUGGGACGUCACAUCUCCGGUCUUGCGCGACUGGCGAAAUCGAUUGCAAGAACAGCGCUCCCCACCUCACCCGGUACGAUGGCUAUCGUAGCCUGCAGGAACCUGCUGAGCAGAUCGUCCCUUGCAUUGGCCCACGAGGUCUGCCUUUGAACGAGAGCCAAGAGGAUGCAAUCUGGGCAUACCCUGGCCUUGCAAACGGUGCUGUUGACCCUUUGCUAGGGUCCUACGAGGCGUCCGGCCUAGAUGGCGAUGUCUCGUUCGACCGUAUUGGCCGCUUCCAGGCGUAUGGAUUAGAUCAGUUUGAUGCUGUCGACCUAGAAGACAUGAAGAAGACAAGUGAUGUCAACUGGGACACGGUCAACUGGGCUGAAUUGCAGGAGGCCUGUGCCGCCGUUAACAAGCAGCGAUUUAAACCAGUCAAGGAGCGCCCACAAAGCUCAAUUCAAUAUUCCAACAUCCGGCACAAGCACGACCAGCCGUCGCCAAAAGCCCUUUCAACGACCAUGGAACCUGGGCUUGUCAAUAAAGUAAAACGCACCGCGAUCCUCAUCCGCGUAUGGACUGGUGCCAAAUGGACCGCGGAUGCUGUUAUGAACAUUCGUGCAAUGGUCGCCGAGGCUUCUUUGGCCAGCGGAGGAAAGUACCAGGUGUUUCUGCUCCUGCAUGUCAAAGAUGAAAGUGUCCCCCUAUUUGUCGGCGAGGAUGAGCCGCAGGCCACUAUUGGAAAGCAUAUCCCUCCCGAGUUCAGGUCGAUGACAGAGGUUUGGAACCAUGCUCAAAUUCGUGGUCUGUACUCUAACCUAGCUGAUCACGCGUUUGUUGGUCGAUCCCCGUGGAUGAUCAUCCAGUGGUUCGCACGCAACCAUCCUGAAUUCGACUUCUUCUAUCAAUGGGAAUUCGACGUGCGCUACACCGGCCAUUACUUGGAUUUCUUUGAGGCCGUCUCCAACUUUGGUAGGAAACAACCACGAAAAGGAAUCUGGGAGCGCGCAGGCAGAGUGUACCUACCUAGCGUUCAUGGCGAUUUCGAUACCGACUUUCGAGAUAGAACGCGGAACGAGGAUCCUCACCAUGUCUGGGGUCCAGUGUCUGUCGAGGGCGUAAAGCCUCGUGGACCGAAGCCCCCCGGAAAGGAAUCCGAAGAUAACUACGAAUGGGGCGUUGGCGAAGAUGCCGACUGGAUCGGCUUCCUCCCAAGUUUCAACGUCACGGGGACAAACUGGUGGUUUCGAGACUAUCUUUGGGGCUAUGCUCAAGGCAAAUCCACCCCCAGAAGAGCCACUCUCAUCGCUCAAGGGAGGGUUAGUCGACGCGUCUUGGAAAUCAUGAACUACGAGAACGCCGAGAAUGGGCAUCACAUCGAUGCGGAGAUGUUCCCUCAAACCAUGUGCCUUCACCAUGGUCUAAAAUCCACGACAUUUCCCCAUCCUAUAUUUGCCGAUCGCCAUUGGCCCCCGGAUGCUUUGCAGUCCACCUUCAAUGGCGGACCUUUCGGACAGGCCGGUGGCUACUGGAACAGCACAUUCAGCAAAUGGAAUGAGUAUGCCUGGACAAACAUGACAUGGUAUUACAGUUCAGCUCUGGCCAUGCCGAUCUACCAGCGGCUCCUAGGGGUCACUGCUCACGAGAGUGGUGGGCAGGAAUGGGAAGAUGCUUACGGAAGAACGGUUGUUCGCCCCAUGCUACUCCAUCCCGUCAAGGGCGGCAAGUCAUGGCAGUGGACGGAAGAUGGCUGGCUGCAGACCAAGGGUGGAAAGUAA